CAACAUCCAUGGCUUCUAUUCUCUAAAAUAUUUCCCCAGUGGCAAAAUAAUUCGACUGAUUUUUAUUCUGCAUAAGCGUUAAGAUUUUUCUGGGUUAAGCCAAAAUUAAAUUUUGUUUUUGAAGAGGGCAGUUUGCCAGGUUCACUUUGAAGUACAGGAUUUUUAAGUUACCUCUGUCAGCUUGUAUGUACUUCUUAAAAUUCUAAUCUAUGCGAAGUUCUCAACUCCUUGGAAGCUGGAUGGGGACCAUAUGAAGUGAGAAGGUUUGCUGGAGUGACAUGGAGGCCUCAGUGAUAUUACCCAUUCUGAAGAAGAAACUAGCUUUCCUUUCAGGAGGAAAGGACAGGCGCAGCGGGCUCAUUUUGACAAUUCCGUUAUGCCUGGAACAAACGAAUAUGGAUGAGCUGAGUGUCACUUUGGACUACCUACUCAGCAUUCCAAGUGACAAGUGUAAGGCUAGAGGAUUUACUGUGAUUGUGGAUGGCAGAAAAUCACAGUGGAAUGUAGUGAAAACAGUAGUCUUAAUGCUACAGAACGUUGUUCCAGCUGAGGUAUCCCUUGUAUGUGUGGUGAAGCCAGAUGAAUUCUGGGAUAAGAAAGUAACACAUUUCUGUUUUUGGAAAGAAAAAGAUAGACUUGGCUUUGAGGUUAUUUUAGUGUCUGCCAAUAAGUUGACUCGUUAUAUAGAGCCAUGCCAAUUAACAGAAGACUUUGGUGGGAGUCUCACCUAUGAUCACAUGGACUGGUUAAACAAGCGGCUGGUUUUUGAGAAGUUCACAAAGGAGUCUACAUCAUUGUUAGAUGAACUUGCUUUGAUUAACAAUGGAAGCGAUAAGGGAAAUCAGCAAGAGAAAGAAAGGUCUGUGGAUUUAAAUUUUCUUCCAUCUGUUGAUCCUGAAACAGUUCUUCAGACAGGGCAUGAGUUGUUAUCUGAAUUACAGCAGCGUCGGUUUAAUGGCUCUGACGGAGGGGUCUCGUGGUCUCCUAUGGAUGAUGAGCUGCUCGCACAGCCGCAGGUCAUGAAGUUGUUAGACUCCCUGCGGGAGCAGUACACGCGCUACCAGGAGGUGUGCAGGCAGCGCAGUAAGCGCACGCAGUUAGAGGAGAUUCAGCAGAAGGUGAUGCAGGUCGUGAACUGGCUUGAAGGCCCUGGAUCAGAACAGCUAAGAGCACAGUGGGGGAUCGGAGACUCAAUCCGGGCUUCCCAGGCCCUGCAACAGAAGCACGAAGAGAUCGAGAGUCAGCACAGUGAGUGGUUUGCGGUGUAUGUGGAGCUUAACCAGCAGAUUGCUGCGCUCUUGAAUGCUGGCGAUGAGGAAGACCUCGUGGAGCUGAAGUCUCUUCAGCAGCAGCUUAGCGAUGUUUGCUACCGGCAGGCCAGUCAGCUGGAGUUCAGGCAGAAUCUCUUACAAGCAGCUCUUGAAUUUCAUGGCGUUGCCCAAGAUUUGUCUCAGCAGUUGGACGGCUUGUUGGGGAUGUUGUGCGUAGACGUAGCACCAGCUGAUGGAGCGUCGAUUCAGCAAACGUUAAAACUGCUGGAGGAGAAGCUGAAAAGUGUUGAUGUGGGAUUGCAAGGCUUACGUGAAAAAGGUCAAGGUCUCCUGGAUCAGAUCUCCAAUCAGGCAUCCUGGGCCUACGGAAAGGAUGUAACCAUUGAAAAUAAAGAAAAUGUGGACCACAUACAAGGAGUGAUGGAAGAUAUGCAGCUGAGGAAGCAAAGAUGUGAAGAUAUGGUGGAUGUGCGAAGGCUGAAGAUGCUUCAGAUGGUACAGCUGUUUAAGUGUGAAGAAGAUGCUGCCCAGGCAGUAGAAUGGCUAAGUGAGCUUCUGGAUGCCCUGCUUAAGACCCACAUCAGAUUGGGCGACGACACUCAGGAAACGAAAGUUUUAUUGGAAAAGCAUCGAAAAUUUGUUGAUGUUGCACAGAGUACGUACGACUACGGGAGACAGCUGUUGCAGGCCACCGUCGUGCUGUGCCAGUCUUUGCGCUGCACCUCUCGGUCCUCAGGGGACACCCUUCCUCGGCUGAACAGAGUGUGGAAGCAGUUUACCAUAGCGUCUGAAGAGAGAGUGCAUAGGUUGGAAAUGGCUAUUGCAUUUCACUCCAAUGCUGAAAAGAUUUUGCAAGACUGUCCAGAUGAGCCGGAAGCUCUUAAUGAUGAGGAUCAGUUUGACGAAAUUGAAGCAGUUGGGAAAUCACUUUUGGAUCGACUAACUGUUCCUGUAGUUUAUCCUGAUGGAACUGAACAAUACUUUGGGAGUCCAAGUGACAUGGCUUCUACUGCAGAACACAUCAGAGAUAGGAUGAAACUAGUUAGUCUUAAAAGGCAGCAACUAAGACAUCCCGAAAUGGUGUCCACGGAGAGUUAAUGUUCCCAGCUUCCCAGAUCAUCAGAAACACACUCCUGCACGUUGCUGGCGUACUGCAGUAUUAGCCAGAGCUCAUUAAGACACAUUUCACAGCAAGAUAAGCCUCAUUUCUUCCCACGACAUGUCUCUCUACAUGCUAACACCUCUCAACUACCAAGGCAUAAUCACAUAACAUGCUUUGAGACCAUAGACUCCAGGUAUCUUAAAAGAAGGAACUAUAAAUACUGCACUGAAAACUUGCUUUCAAGCUUUACCCAACUUGUCAAUUUGUAGAUGAACAACUAUAAUAAGCUUUGAAUGGUGCUAGCAAGAGCUUAGAAAUUCUCUCAAAAAACAUGGUUGCCCUUCCUCCCCAGGUGAAAUAGUAAAUUUAGACUAUAGUUAAACAGUUAGUAGAUGGUGGUGUCCUUAAAAUUUUACUUUGUAAGUCUUUUAAAUUGAUUAUUUUUAUUGUGUCCAUAUGGAGAAAGCCCGUCAGAUGUUUGAUAUAUCAUAUUCAUAAAAGACAUUUUCUUAUUUGUAUUCAUAAUGUAUUAAAAGUUGUUAGUGCUUAAUAAAAGGAUUCUUCAAACAUCUUAUUUAAUUUGGUACUUAUAUCCUGUUUCAAAUGAGUGCCUUACUAAAAAGGGCAUUCUUAGGUUUGUGAAGAUGAUUUAAUAAUUUUUUUUUUUGAUGGUGGGUGCAUGUAUUUUGGCCAGGAAUUUCAUAUGUAUGCAUGUGUAUAUAAUAAAUAGGCAUGUUUUAUUAUGAAAAGUAAUUGUGAAGACCAAUUUAGAUCUUUAAGAACUGAUUAAUAAUAGAAUACUAUUUUUAAAUUUUCUCAAUGUAAGAAAAAUAUUAUCCAAAUUAUUAACUCCCCUGAAGAUUUUUUUUUUUUUUUGUCUGUGCUGGAGAAGGGCUAAGAAAGUAGACACACAUAAUUACUUCUGUAUAAUCCUUUAUAUCACAGUAAUCUUUCUGGAACUAAAACAGAAAUUGUUAAUAACAUUUACUGUCUCAUGAAAGACUAGAGGUAAAAUCAAUUCUGACAUAGUCUAAUCACAAAGACUGUACAAAUCCUUUAGAAAUAAAAUUUGUCAUACAAUGGUAGUGCUUUAUGUUUGUAUUAAGCUUAAAUUAUAAAAGUUCUAUAAUUUAAUUUUUGUGUUAAUGUUUAUUUCAGAAAUUUUUCUAUGGUUAAAAACAACUGGGCUUAUGUUCAGUACAGAGUGCUGCAAUGACUUGUAUGUGGUUCCUUUUCCCAGUCUAUAGACAUGCUCAUGUGUCCAGAGCCAAACCUGCCGCCUUCUGUCUCCACUGGCAGGCCUCCUGCAGGAGCCGUCUGCUGCCUUGCCACCCACGUCCCUCGCUGUGCCGUACCUCACAAUCCAGCUUCACACUCUAAUGAAACUAUUCUUUUGAAAGUCAGCAGUGCUGUUAGAGUUCCUGAACUCAGUGUGCUUUGUUUCUUCCUCAGUCUGCGUCACUUACUUUCUCUGUGCCUGGCUAACAUUCCAUCCAUGGAGCCUGUUUCCCAACAGUGUCUCCUCCCUCGAAGACGCUGUCUCUGCUGCAUGCUCCUUCAGGGAUGUCUGCUCAGCAUUCAUGCUCUUUCAUUCAUCAUGAGGUGGCUCACCCCUGUGGUUUGGUUUUUUUUUUUUUUUUUCAUCCUGAUGUCCUACUUUACAGGACUUAAGCAAAAUGCUUGUCACCUUCAACUGCCCACCUCAUGUUUACCCCUCAAUGAAGGAUUUAUCAUACCCAUCACCUCUCUCCUCGAGUCAUUUUGGUUAAAGAUGCCAGAAUGCCUGGGAUAAAAUUCAACUUCCCCUCCCCCAGUGUCUUAUCUUUUGCUGCCACUGCCUCUAGGAACGUCCAGGAAGUUCCUUCUAUACUUGAUGACCCUCGAUCAGGGCUCUAUUCCUAUGAGUAGGGUCUUCUGUGACUUUUCCUUUCAGUCUUCAUGAUGGUGCUACUCAUGAUCUACAGUGAUAUCUAGCCCUGCUUUGUGUGUCAUAGUGUCCUCUGAGGGGCGAAAUCUUGCCUGCUUGCCUGGUACCCAUGUGUAAAACAUGCUCAUGUUCCCUACACAUGAGUAAUAAUCCCUCUAAUAUUAUUCCGAAGUGUGUUUGGAACAUUUUUGUUUCAUAAAGUUAGGAUUAACUUGUGAAGCUGCUUCUUCAGGAGGCUGUUUGAUAUUUUAGAUACAUAGAUAUAUUGCUUCUUUAGAUCUUUAUUUAUUAUAGUCAAUAUUUCUUUUACUGAGUUUCAGAAUCAGAGUAUAUUUAAUAUCUUUGUUAGAACUGAUUUGUUAAUAAUUAUACCAUCAAUCCAUGGACUCAUAAUUGCCCAAUGAGUCAAGUUUCAUGUAUCUGAACCUUUCUUUCUCACAGAGUACAGGAGAGAAACGUCCUCUCCAAGUUGAGUAGUGCUGGCCAUGUAAACGUGGAUGCUCUUCAUUUAUGCAGGUGCUGCUGCUUGUUUCUCCACGUGUAUCUGUCAGAGAAAACCCAGCAACGUCCUAGUGCAAGUCCUUUUUCAUGUGGUCAUAGUACUCUUAGAGUGCAUGUGAGGGAAGUGGCUUCAGUCUGUUCAAAAUCACGACCUUUUGGUGGGUCAACAUUGACAUAGAUCUGCAAAUGUAAGAAAGGAAAUAUCUCUAAUAGUACAGUGCCACUGCCAUGUGCGUUGCUUUAGCCCCUCAUGAGGAAUGGCCGAAGUGUUAGUUGGGAAAGUUUCGUUAGGUUUUGUUUGCUUGUUUUCUGUUUGAUGGAUUGUUUAAAUUUUGCCAUGUGUUUUUGUCUCUGGGUAAUCUCAGAAUUUAAUAGCAGUUGACAUCGGUUCUGUAGACAUGUCUGACUCAGCAGAGCUAUGAUGUAAAGAUGAUAACUUCAUUUUAGCUUGGCUUUGUUCCCAGGCCUCAGUGUUCUGACCUUAUUCUGAAAGGGUGACUCAUUGGGGAUGAUGAGGAAAUGGCUCUGCCUGCUCUCUGGGAUUCAUUGCUAGAUAGAAGAUGACUACAUCUCUCACUGUAGAGGGUUUUGAUUCAGUGUUACUUCUGGGUGUCACCUUAUUAUGGUUGUCAUUUCUUGGUGUUGUCAGUAGAGGUAUCAUAGACUUUUUAGCAUAGUUUUGGUAUUUGUGUCAAACUCCUUCACUUAAUGUUACAAGUUGUUUUCUGAUAGUGCUAAGCAAACCAUAUUCCCUGAACUAAACCCAUUGUAUGCAAUGGUAUGAUUAUGAGGAUAAGUGAGUAUAUCUCCUGUACUAUAUAUAUUGGGAAAAAAAAUAAUUCUCUUAAACACUGCCAAUUAUUUGCCAGGAGAGAUUGGCUGUUAUUGUAUAGGUCUUCCAUUCUCAAAUCAUACCCGAAGUACAUAGGGCUACAGUAAAAACAUUAUAGCCACUAAAAAAGUAAAUACUGUGGUUUUAAAAGACCUCUGUAUCUGGAGGCUUUAGAGAAUGAUAUAGGUGGAAACAAACCCUGCAAGUCUACCACCAUUUGUGACCAGGCUCACAGGUACCAGUGACUUUGUUUAGGCAGCCAGAGGAACAGUUCUCUAGGGUUUGAGCAGACGUGAACAGUGAACCUAGUUAGGAGGCUGACUAGUGCUAACAUCCAGCCCAUAAAAUAGGAGUCUGUAUUGAGAAUAGAAAAUACUCAUGUAGGUAUAUAGACCAACAAAUACAUUGGCAAAUAAAAAUAAAUUAACAUUUGACAUACCUUGACUUAAAUAUAUGUUCCAGAAAAGGUUAGGUUUAUCUAAAAGCACAAAUAAUGACAGGAAUUUUAGAGGAAUGCUCAUAAAAGCCAAAAUAAGAACUAUAGUGAAUAUAAGGAAAACAUCUUGGACCUUGAAGAAGUGCCUUCAGAUUCUGAGUGUACCAUUCAUCCACUGCGGAAAUUAAAGAAUUUCUCUGAGAACCCUAAAAUCUGAAAUAGAGAAGUCAUAUAAUCUCAAUAACAAAAUAAAAUGUAAAUUAUUGAAAACCAGAGUGGUAUAUACCAUGGAAAGUGUCAUUGCUAACAUUAUCUUUGCAGACUAGAACUGAGAGCAUUAUCUUGCUGUGUCUCAGAUAAUGUGCAUGGGGUUGUAGGGAGAUGACACGCUUCAUAUGUGUCCGCUCAGCACCAUCUCCGUGCUGAGAUCCCCAUUGGAGGAGUGUGUAAGGAAACUACCAGAAAAAUUGCCAGUAGAGUUGGUACCUUCAUCUACAUAUAGUAGGGCCUUAAAACUGACAAAUUCUCUGUUUUAUGGGGAGAGGAUAGAACAGUAAGACAGAAUUCAAGGGAUGAGUAUUAUCUAUUUUGAGGUUGUGAGAUCAUGAGACAACUCAAUUAUUCAACACAAGUAAAAAAAAAAAAAAUCAUGCUUGGAGUGUGUGUUAAGAAAACA